AGCACAUGUCUGGGAUAAGAGCAGAGGUCUGGGAUAAGAGCAGAUGUCUGGGAUCAAGAGCAGAGGUCUGGGAUCAAGAGCAGAGGUCUGGGAUCAAGAGCAGAGGUCUGGGAUCAAGAGCAGAGGGACUGGACUGCGACAAUCUCAAGGCGGGUCAAGUGCUCAACAUCUCCAUCCCAUCCACAACGCAAGUGUGCCGCGUGCGCUACACUGUCACCCAGGCGGAUGCCGCAGCAAGGAGCUGUGAUCCCAUCAACACCCGCUUUGGCAUCGACGUCACGACCAUCAACCCCAGCCUUGACUGCUCAAGCCUCACACCCAACCAGCAGAUCUGCAUUCAAGUGGGGGACGCGGUGUCAGGAGCAGCGGACUACAACCUGUGCACGGAGUACCAGCCGGUCACGCAGUGGUUCACGUGUACCAGCGCCGUCGCAAACUAUGGCAUGACGUGGUUCGACCUCUACCGCCUCAACCCCGGCAUCAACUGUGACUCUCUCAGCACGCUCACAGGCUCCGAGAUAUGCGUCGCCGGCACACUGUUGGGAGCGGUGGCGUGCGGUAAGGCGCGGUCGAAGACGGUGGCGAACCGGCGGUACACGGUGGGGGCGGGGGACAGCUGUUCGUCGCUGGUGGUGGUGCAGUUCCAGCGCCAGCCGUCGCUUGUGGGCGAGCUCAACCGCGGCUGGAUGUGCCGCUCCCAAAGCCUCUUUGCUGGCAUGCCCCUCUGUAUCCCCUCUUAG